UUUACUGUGCACAGAGCUGGUCAGUCUUUCCCUGUGGCCUGAACUGUUGAUUGUGUCUAUUCUAUCAUGAGUAUAACUAUCAGAGACUUGAGAAAGAUGGACAUUCAAAACGCUGGAACAAACACAGGGGUGAGAAAUAGAAAAACAAGAAUAUCUCUUUCCUAGAGGACAUUCCCAGUUCCUGUCUCCGACUUUUCUAAAUACUCAAUUCCAUUUUAGAUACACUCACCUCCAGUUCCUCUCUUGAGUUUAUGUACUCGUAAACUCCUUGUUGGUUUUAGUUAUCUAUGAAUUACAAUUUUUGGCUUAUGCAGAAACAAGCCAAUAUUUAGUGUAUUUAAUAAUAUUAUACAUCCUUAGCAAGAUGGGCUCUGUGGGAAAAGGUGCUUGAUCUCAAGACUGAUGGCUUGAGAUCAAUCUUUUGGUCCUACUUAACAGAAGGAAAGUACCUAUUCAGUAAGCUACCUUCUGCUCUCUACACAUGCAUGCUGGACACGCACACACAGCCUCCUCACAUAUAGAUAGAUAGAUAGAUAGAUAGAUAGAUAGAUAGAUAGAUAGAUAGAUAGAUAGAUAGAUGAUAGAUAGAUAUAAUACACAUGAUUAUAUUUUACAAUAAAAUAUAUUACAAUAAAAUAAUUGUUGCAAUAUGUUUUAUACUGAAAAUCUGCACUGUAUUUAUUUGGGUUGGGUGGGAAAAACAAAUCUUCUAAAUUUUAAGUUUGUUCCAUGGGAUAGUAGAAUGAUUUUUCCUAUAUUUAGCAAGAAGUGGCAAGAGUCGAUCAUUUAAAACCUGGUUUUGAAUCAUUUCAUUUAUGUUUCUCACACUCCAAGGGAAUUAUAACUGGCUGCCUAUUCCCUUCUUCAAAGUGAAAAUGCCCUAACAAUGUCUGCAUUUGGGUUUUCUAAGUUUAGGACAGAGGAUAAUUUGCUUUUAUAAAAGCAUAUCCAGGAACACACAUGGUGCUACUCUAUUGCUAAUUCAGGCUAAAGACCUAUGAUGGGCUUACUAUCUUGAGAAGUCAAUAUUAUUAAAUAAUGAAUAUAAAACAGGAUAAAAUUAGGAGAGGAAAAGAAGAUAGUAAACCUAUGAGAUUUUUUUUCUAGAAAAUAGAACCCACAAAAUUGUUAUAAGAGAGAUUUGCAGAAUAAUCACCCGUAUCAUCUUGUUAAAAUGAAAAACGGUCCAUGUCAGUCACAUGGGUUUUAAUCCAUAGCUGUUGGACCUCUAGCUUUUCAGGCUACAGUCAAGCAUCAUGGUCAGAAGCAUAUACUGGAGCAAGCAGCUCACAUCCUGGCAACCCAGAAGUAGACAUUGAUGGAGUUCCUGUUUUUUUUAAUCCAUGUCCUGCCACUUAGAUUAACUUCUCAUUCCAUACUUUAAAGUGCUGAGACUUUUACAUCCUUGAAGAGAUGGUAGUAAGCUAUAAACUAUGGCAGAGGAGGAGAAGGAAGAGAAGAAACAAAGGACAUUCAACUUUUAUAGGGUAAACAUCUAAGAAAAACAUUUGCUCCGUCACAGAUAAAAGUAAAUUCAACACACAGUCAAGAUUAACAAGAUUCUAAUUGCAUACAUAUAAGCAUUUAAACAAUGAGAAAAAAUAUAUAAUAAGUGACCCGAGAAACAUAUUUAAAACAUGUAGGUCAUGCCAGUAUGAAACAGCUUAACUGGAACAUUUUCUUAUGGACUUGGCACUAUAUAACGAAAAGAUAUAAUCUACUAGAAUGGUGAGACUGAUCUGAAUCCCAUUCUUGCCUUGUGCUUACUAGCUGUCUGCACUUAGACAAACCUGAAUUCUCUCAACCAACUGUGCCCACUGCUCCCACUUGGAUUUGAAGAGUCUCCCAAACACCUGUUGGGUACAGGCUUGGUCCCAUUUUCUUUAUAUAGUAAAAAUUCUUGAGAGGUAGAGCCUAGGGAGGUUUUAGCAUAUUGGGAUCAUGCCCUUGCAGGAGGGCAGUCCCUUCUCCUGUUUCACAUCCGGCAUAAAGUGAGCAGCUUUACCUCACAAUGUUUUCCCAUUCUCCACCAUGAUGUGCUGACCCUCAGAGACCCAAAGCAACAUGGCCAACCUCUUGAUGACUUAAACCUCCAAUCUGUGAGUCAAUUAAACAAACAUUUUCUCUUCACCUCAGAUAUCUACCAUACUAGAGGAAAGCUAAAACACCCAUCUACCAGACCAAGCUCUUGAUAGAAUCCAAGGAUGUGGAAAUUGACUUCUGAUCCAUUAAAAAAAAAGUAGGUAAUGUAAAUAGAUGGUGUAAUGAGUACUGCCACCUAAGGAGAGUGUUUUACACUCCAUGUGACUUAGUUUGCAGAACCAUGGGCAUGAAUUUUAUACAGCCACAAAUGAUUUUUCAACAUGGCCAAAUGGAUCUUAUCGGUUGGUGGCCAGGUAAUAUAUCAUCAUUGAUGUGUGGAUUGGUGUUCAGAAAUCUAUUAAAUUUGGUGACAUUGCUAAACGUUUCUUGAGCUGCUUUUCCACACAGAAAUUGAGGUGUGGAAUAUCUAAUGCAGACCUUACCUCAUGGGGUUAGAAAUAAAGUGAAUUAGCAUGUAUGAACGUGCUUCAUUAAAAAAAUACACAAUUUUCCAAAUAGGUGUCAGGUGAUGGGAGAAGGUUUCUAAGGUGCAUAUUUGAGAUUGUCGUAAAGGAGAAAUCCUGGCAGCUGUAAAGCAAAAAUAAAACUUUUAAUUUAGAAAUAUGAAAUAAUGGAUUAUUUUUAUCAAAAACUUACUUUCUUCUACUUUGGGUGGCAUGCAUAGUGCUCUCAUUGCAACGUGUUUAGAAGGUUGUAAGGAGACUGAUCAAAAAAUACAUUAAACAGAUUUGGAAGGGGUGGGUAUAAAGUUAGAUUUUCUGAGUCAUGAAAACAUCAAAUAGCGCUUCCUGAAAGGUGUAACUUUAUUUAAAACUCAGCUGCUGCAUUUGCUACCAUGGUGCAGACACCUCUGAAUCAACCAUCUAUGUUGACAAAUUGUUAUGCUGACAAAUUCUCACAUCUACUGAAAGUUUCGAUUUUGUAAACAAGUAAGUGGGUUCUUGAUGAUCCAGCUCAUAUCCUGGACUGGAACUUUGGGAACUAGAAUCUUGGCUUGAGUGACCAUGUAUUAUUCAUUUCUCACAUUAGAAAAGCAGAAUCAAAUAUUUAUCACCAAAUCAGAAAGCCACUGGAAGCAUGAAUGUAAUAUUGUAUCUAAGAUCUUGCCUCAAGCUUGGGAAACACAAACAAUGCCUGCCGGGCUCCAUUGGCUUGAGUCCCUGAGAGAGAAUGGAAAUAUGUGUUUGUUUGGCUUUCUUCAUAACACUAGGAACUUUAAAACUACCCCCACACCCACCAAGAGCACAAACACAGAACAGUCAGAAUAUUUGAUGUACACAGACAUGAGUGAACCUGUAGGCACACAUGUUGGGUCAAAACCAGUCAUAUAAGCUCUGACCCUGGGAUAUCCCACGGUAGUCCCUAUCACACAUGCAAAAGAAAUGGACAUGUGGCACAGCCUAAGUCUGGGUGAAAAUCACCAGCUAUCACAUAAAGGAAGUAGGUGAGUUAUGUCUGUAUAUUGUGGACUGCAACAAGGAAAGCUCCAGUCGUCACAGGAAGACACAUGAACUUUAAAACAGAGUACAAAGGGCAUAUGUCUAAAAGGCUUGACAUCCUUCUCCACAGAUACUUGCUCAGUCAUGUUCAUUGCUGCUCUAGUCACAAUAGGCAGGAAAUGAAAACAACCUAACCUUCUUUCAACAGAUGAACGGAUAAUGAAUACGUGGUGCACAUGCACAAUAGAAUACUCUUCAGGUGUAAGGGAAAAUGAAGUCAUAGAAUUUUCAGGUAAAUGGAUGAGUGGAUCUAGAAAAGGUUAUAUUGACUGAAGUAACCCAGACCCAGAAAGACAGAAGUCACACGGACUUGCUCAUCUGUGAUCCCCAGCUCUGAAUCUUCAGGUGUGAGUAUACAAUAUGGAGUGACCCGAGAAACCAGGAAAGUAGAAAGGAGCCAUUAGGGGUGGUCUUGAGAGGGGAACAUCAUGAUACAAGUGAUACAGAACAGAGAAGGGGCUCCAACUGGAGAAGGUUGAGGGAGGCCAAUGCAGAAGAAGAAAGAGUGAUGUGGGUUGGUUGAUAAAGCCUCAAGGAAUCAUAUUAUUUUACAUUUACCUAAAAUUAUACAUAAUACAUAUGUUUGUAUAUACAUAUAUAUCAUCUGUAUGUGUAUAUGCAUCAUCAAGGAAGAUAUGCUACUUGGGCUGACAAUGCUCUCCAUAAUAAUCAUGUACUUACAAAAAAAAUCUCAGUACCAGGCACAAGAAACCUCCUUUCUUUGCUCAGGAUAAUCCAAGUGACUCCCAAACCAAUAUAGAUGAUUGUUGUUGCCUUUGGUUGCCUCUCAGAGAUUGAAGAAAGCCCCUGUUGCUGAAGACCCCACACACAAUGGUACAGGACUUGUAUUAUUUAAGAGGGAUCUACUGAAAGCUUCCUCCCCGCAAUCUACUUCCAUGGUACCAAAAAAUACUACCAAGCUGCCAAAGGAGGAAGGCAAUCACUAGUACUACCCAGCUGCAGUGCCUAUGAACUGCAACAAAGACCAGCAUGGCAAUAUUAAUCCCUAAAUGUAAAGUAACAGGCCCUCACAUGUUGGCAGUAACCAACAGCUGUAUAAUUCGACUUAGGUCUACUCAACAGGAGGGAAAUCAUGUCUGGUAGUAGAAACCUAGCCACCUUCCCAGGGAUAGUGAAGUCAUGUGUCUUAGAAGAGAAAUCUACUACCACCAUUUUGAUAGACCAGCAUAAUUUCUAAGUACAUUCUGAGUCUUAUCCUUAUACCCAAAGAUAAUUGUAGCUACCUCCCUGAUGAAAGAAGCUCGUCUCUUCAGCAAAUGGCAGCCAUAACAAAAAUCCACAACUAGACGCAAAGCAGUGUUAACGUUGUGGGGAGCCCAGCCCCAGUGAAUACACCUGCAUCACAGCUCUUGCGUUUAUGGCUCAGGGAAUGUCAUGCAAGAGGGGUGGAAAGGUUGUUAGAGCCACAAUACCAGAAAAUCUUCUAGAAAUGGAUGCCUAAAUGAGACCAGAGGCAAUGGCAACACCAAUAGACAUGCUCACAGGACAAGAAAGGGGGGGAAUGUCAUGGGGUCCCACCUAGACAAAGAGUUACUGGCAACUAAUGACUGCGGAGAGGAGAAUCAGUCUCUCCCAGGGAUAAGGCCAAUACAAAACGGUCAGCCCUGAAACCAUACACACCCAUAUACACAGGCAAGAAAAAUGAACUCAGUGGGCUGUAUUCAAAUAUUUAUGCACGCUUACACAUACAUAUAUAUGCAGCAAUAAUGAGAAAAAAAAGCUAUCAGUUUGAGAAGACAGGCAUGGAAGAAGUUGGAGCAAAGCACUUGAGAGAAGCUGAAGGGGGGAAAUGGAAGGGGAAGCUAUGUAGUUAUAUUUUAUUUUUAAAUGUAUAUAACAUAAAAGUAAAUAAAUAACAACUUUAAAGAUGGCGUACAGGGGACAAUAAUGUCUAAGACAGGAUGCCAGACUGGAGAUAGGACAUGCUAGGUGAAGACCCUUAACGCAGUAUAAUUAAAUGAGAUACGAAUUAAAGUUUACGACAGUGUGCACCAUGCAGGCGGCGCUCACUAUAGCACCAGGUAUUAGUUUAGUGGAAUGACGAUUUAUUUCAGGGUCAUUAACUUUUGUAUCAAGGAGGACAGAGUCUAUGAGCAAACGACUCUUUCCAGUCCAGUGGAUGGAUGGGACCUAACAGUGAUCUGACCUUCUCACAGGUCAGUAUUAUAAAGGGCUGGAGUGAGUGAGAGCAGAAAAGGAACUGUCUCAUCAGCGUGGUCUUGGACCCAUGUAUCAUGACUUCUUUUUCUUUCCAUUUCUAGAUACUUUAAAUUCUCCUGUCUGCUUCUGGAAUGGUAUUCAUUUCCCUGUGGAGUCAGGAAGUAAGAAGUCAGAAGAGUGUAGACCUGUGUGAUCAUCUUGAAAACAGGAGGGACAGCCUGCCUUCUGCAUCUGUCCAUGAGGUCUGGGCAGCCACUGUCCAGGUCGUUAAAAUCUCAGCCAGGGCCAGACUCGGGCAGGUAGAAAACGGAUUUACUAUGUUGCAGCAGUCUUUGAGAAGAGCAUUAAUACCUUUAUGCUAUUAAUGUAUUAUAUUUAUUUUAUUUAUUAAUUUAUUAGCCAGGUAUUCUGGCUCUACUAUAGAUUAAUUAUAUGACCUUGUAUUAGUAAUUUCUGUUUUUUUCAGCCUCUUUCUCUCAUGUGAAAAAAUGGAAUAACACUUCUAAUAUUUACUGAAGAAGACAAAAUGUUAAAACAUUUUAAACAAAGACAAAAAUUAAAUAACCUCCAAAAUCUGGACUUUAUGCAGUGAUCAAUCAGUAAUAUAAUUCCUCAAGCUGGGAAAUUAUAGGAAUUAACACUAAAAUCUCACCAUGAUGGCUAGCCUCUCUUUUGUGCCAUCUGCAUGCUGAGAAAUUAGUCUUUGUUUUCAGACUGCUAAAAAGAGAUAGAUUGGGAGACCGUAGGAAGGGGUGGGGGUGGGGCGAGGGUAGGUGAUUCUGUAUAUUUAAGCAGACGCCUGCCCACUCCUCAAAAGAUGUUCAGUUCUAACUCCAGCCAAGGUGGUGAUGUAGAAACCGCACUGCCAACAGUGACAAAGCUCUCCUCUGCAGACCAAAUCUGCAGUGACUCGGGCAGAUGCUGAACUUCAGUCUGUCUAGAAGUUAAUUAGGUUACAAAGGCUGCCAAAAAUCCCAAAGUCAUUCAAAGAAAAUUCAACAACACAGAAGACAGAUCUGAAACAAAGGUCAGAAGAUGCAAACACUAAUCUUGAUUCUAAGAACAGAGACGUAAAUAAGGGGGGUGGGGGGUCUGGUAGGUGACAAUCUGUAAACUUCUUAUCCGUGUUUUAUAACAACUAGGAGAUGGGGCUUAACGUGGUCCUGGCUCCUUUCCUGUCUGUUGUAGAUAUGUCUCCACAGGGGCUGGAGCAGAGGCCAACACUCUGUUCGUUACAUGUUCCAGAAUUCUCAGUACAUAACCAAGGGACACGGAGGGGAGGGUGAGAAUCUCUGGACGCAGUUCCCGAUUGAGCAUCUUCCCACUUGGAAACCGUGAUUCUGGAGAGAUCAUUCGCCACAGUGAAUUAAUCGAAUAGAUGGCUGGGUUACAGUCAGGGCUUCUUCGUGGGUUCCUUAAAAUGAUCACACAGUAGCCAGAGAUGUCUGUUCCAGGCUCUCAGGAGUAGUUGGAGCCUUAAAAACCUAGAGACCCAUUUCCUCCAAAGAGGUUACCCCAGAAUAUGUGUUGGGUGUGGGGUGCUCUAAGCCUAUAAACAGCACUUCACUGCCACCAGCAGGACCCAGAGGAAGUGCAGGCGCUGGGGAUGCCAGAGGAUGCCUAGUAUAUGAGUCUUCAGGUGAGAAGCUAAACUUGUCAUGGAGCAAACGUCGUUUGUUGUGUUGUUUUGUUUUGUUGAGACAGGACUUCACACCUUAGUUCAGGCUGGCCUGUCCUGGCAGUAGCAACAAUCCUACUGCCUCAGUUUCGAAGAGCUGGCAAUCACAAACAUGAGCCACCACGCCCAGCUAAGCUCUGCACCCACCCACCCAUCCAUCCUCUCCCCAGUCUCCGGAGAGUGGGGGGGUUCCUCUCGCAAAGACUGGUGCUCCUGCCCCAAACUCAGAAUGAGAGACUUGAAGCCCAGAUUCCAACCCAGGCUCCAAAUACUCCCUUCUCUCCUGCAUUCCCACCCUACCCCCCACAGAAUCACACUUAUUUCCUCUCUGGGCUUUGCAGGGUUUCAAAGGCGGCAGCAGUUUUACAACUGGACUGACUUAUCUGCAUCCCAUACCACUUGGGACCGUGCAAAGUGCAGCUGCCACCCUUACCCCUGGAUGCACAGUCUGGGGCUGGCUGGAAGGGUCGCCUCAAGUGAAGCCGACCCAGGCUCUGGCACUGACUUGGUUAAGCAGCUUAAGUGGAAAGAUCCCACAACCUCAGGCCCAUUUUUGAUACCGGGACCCCAAACUGUGGCCGCCCUGCACUUGGCGGGUGGUCUCCCUCUCGGUCGUAGCUUCCAGUGGGGCCAAAGCUCACACUCUCUGCGCGGGGCUCCCCACGUCCUGCAAGCCACCUGGUUCCUGAGCCCACAGGAGGGCGAACAGCCAGGGAAGGCAUCUCAGCGGGAACAGGAAGGCUCCCCGGGGUCCUUUAGAGAACUAGAGAGAACUGCCCGCAGAGAUUUGCUCCCAGAAAGGGUCCGCGACCACGCGGGGAGGACCACGUGAGCGUCGUGGCUUAGCUAUAAAAAUCCCCUGAUUCGCACGAGCGUGGGGAGAGAGCGCAGAGGCGAGACACGGCCUCCCACGCCACGAGAGGCAGGGCGACUGUGACCCUCCUUCCUCAAUGCCCGGAGCUCUGACGCUCCAGCCCUUCGUGGGGUGUCGAGGCGCGCUGAACUUUGGGGACUUGGCAAAGGCGUGCAGACGCCCGCGCGACUGGAUUCCCGCAAACGCUCAGGGCUUGUUUGACCUUUAGGAGAGUUGGAGGGGGGGAUAGCAGGAAUCUCGGGCAGAUCGAUCUCCUGUCCUUCACUGAGGGAGCAGCCAGGAGUUCUGGACCGUGUCCUCGGAGGAAGCCGGGAGGGCCCCCGAGCUGCCCCCCAGCCCGCGCAUCCACACCGCAGCCGCCCCGUGAGCCGCGUUAAUUCUGCGCUACGGGAGAGGCGAGUCCAGAUCGACUCCCGCCGCCUUCUCCUAAACUUUGACCUGCUCGGGUCGCCCGCCGGGUCCCCGCGGAGGGCGCGCGCGGGCGGGGACAUGGCUACGAGCUCCAAGAGCCGAAUGGGCUCUUCCCAGCGCAACCAGGCGCCGCCCGCGUAGCAUCCUCUACGCUGACCUCUCGCGCUGCGGCGCCGAGCCCUGGGCAAGAGCCAAGGCAGUCCUCAGAGGUGCAGGAGGCGACGGCAACCCCAGGACCCGAGGGUCCCUAUGGCCACCGCCCGCGGGCGGCUCCUGAGCGCAACGGAGCUUGCGGGCUGCGCCCGGGGCUCCGAGCGGUUCUGAGCUGCGGCGCGGGCCGACCUCGCCCUCCUCGCGGGGCCGCGGAGGUUCAGGGAGCGGAGGAACAGAGGUGGUGGUGGCAGCUGAUCCUCCCACAGGGCGAUGUGGCCGGCCGGCGCGGGCACCAAGCUGCCCUGUCCCCGGGACUCCGCGCUCCGGCGGGCGGCGUUCUCCGGGAACCUCACCGCCCUGCCUUCUCACCUCGUCCCCGCUGGCCGCAGCGUCAGGGUCUUCAUCAGCGCCAACCCUGAAGAUACAGGAGCAGAGCGGCAGGCACUAAGAGAAACCGUGUAUCCCAAACUGCGAGAAUUCUGCAGAGAAAACUAUGGGUUGGAAUUUCAGGUCAUCGAUCUGUACUGGGGGGUUGAUGAAGACCAAUGGGACAGCCCCGAGCUGCAGAAGAUGCGCAUGAAGCUGCUGGAGGAGUGCUUGAAGGCGUCUGCAGGUCCAUGCUUUGUUGGACUUUUAGGUGAAAAAUAUGGGAACAUUCGAAUCCCGGGGGAAGUCGAAGCUUCAGAGUUUGAGAUGAUUUUGGAUGCUGCUGUAGAGGCAAAACUAGAGACGAAGUUACUGGAAGAUUGGUACUGUCGAGAUGAGAACUCUGUGCCAGCAGCGUAUUACCUCAGACCCAGGCUAGAGGUAACGAGAAGCAACAAGAACUCAAUGCAGCCUCCUGCCGGUCCUGAAAAUGAGAGGCCGUGGCAAGAAAUAUCAGACGAAAUCAAAACAAUAUUUAAAGCUGCCGUCAAACUGCUCCAUGAACAGGGUAAAAUGAAGCACAGUCAGGCUAAGAGGUACCUGUUCUCAGCUAUCGAGGAUGAGUUUGACUUUGCUCUAGGCAAGCAAACUCCAGCAUUCCUGAAGAAGUGUGUGUGCUACAUCAGGAAGAUUGCUAACAUCGAGCGCUUCGUGAAAAUCCCGGAGAUGGGAAAAUACAUGGACAUAACUGGAACCGAGCCAAGAAUCAUCCGUGACCCAGAAGCUCAGGAGAAGCUGAUAAAACUCAGGGAUGAAUUCAUUCCUACCAUCGUUGCAUCCUCUAACCUGAGAGUAUACACGUCUGUCACUCAUUGUGACAUGAAACUGGGCUAUUCCCAAGAGAUAGAAAAUCAUUACAUAGAAGGACUCGGUAAGCAAUUUUAUGAGGACAUGAUUGACAUAAUUCAGGCAACAGUGCAGCAGAAUUUUGACACAGAGACUGAUACACUGUACGAUGAAAUCCUUCAGCACUCUUCACUUUGUAAAACAUACGCCUCCUUCUAUGAAUACAAGUGCGAAUCGCUAAACAUCUUGCAUAAGUACAUCCUGCCGAGCAAAACCGGGCACAUCAACCCUCUCGUUGUGUAUGGUGGGCCAUGCACCGGGAAGACUCUGCUGCUAGCUGAAGUGGCAAAAAAGGCUUAUGGCUGGCUACAUGAAGACACAGGGCCGGACUCUGACCCGGUUGUCAUUGUGAGAUUUCUAGGGACGACAGACAUGAGUGUUGAUCUGAAGACACUCCUUCUAAGUGUUUGCGAACAAAUGGCCGUCAGCUACAGGUGUCUGGUUCAAAGCUAUCCUAAGAAGAUCCAUGACCUCCGUGACUUAUUUAUAAACCUGUUAAAUGAGUCUUCACUGCAGAGGCCUCUGGUGAUAAUAUUUGAUGCCCUGGAGCAGCUCUCAGAGAACGAUGAUGCUAGGAAGCUCUGGUGGCUACCUGCUCACCUUCCCAGGUUCGUGAGGAUCGUCCUCUCCACACUGCCCAACAAACAUGGGAUCCUGCAGAAACUAAGGUGCCUUAUCCAUGAAGAAGACAACUACAUCGAGCUGAUUCCUCGGGAUAGAAAGAUGUGCAGCCAGGUCCUCAAACACCAGCUGCUGAGGGUAAAAAGGAAGGUCACAUCCGGCCAGCAGAUUUAUGUAAACAACGCAUUCUCCAAGUGCACGCUGCCUAUGUUUGUGAACCUGACUUUCAGGGAGGUGAGACAUUGGAGAUCUCACAAGGAUGUGGACGAAUCCUCCCUCUGUGUGACUGUCCAUGAAAGUAUAGAACAGUUAUUCUGGUCCUUGGAGAAGAAGUGUGGUCAGAAACUGGUCUCCAGAGCUCUGGGUUACAUCACCAUGGCCAAAAUGGGUUUGAGUGAGAUGGAACUGGAGGAUGUGUUAGCUCUAGACAACAGCGUUAUGAAUGAACUCAAUGAGAACACCAGACCCAGCAAUCCCCUGAGAGUACCUUACCUGUACAUCGCAAGGCUCAAGGAGGGGCUCAGUGGAUAUUUAAUAGAAAGACACGUGAAGAACGUCACACUCUUAGUCUGGGCCAACAGACACCUGCAGCUCAUAGCCCAGAAGCUCUAUCUGCAGGAGGACAGAAACCUUCGUGAGAUGCACACGAUCCUGGCCGAUUAUUUUCUAGGGGUGUGGUCAGGAGGCAGGAGGAAGGCUUUCUGCCUGGAAGACCCCUACUUGAAUGGCUGCCUCGACUUAGAGAAUAGAAGCCUGCUCGAGGAAGAAAAGCAUUUCAUGGAACAAGCGUCCUUUGACAGGCAGGCCCCUGACCAGCCCUGGGUUUUCCAGUGUAACCCACUAGAGCCCGACAUCUUUUUUGUCAAUCACAGGAAAAUGUCUGAGCUCUUGUAUCAUCUGACAAGGUGUGGGAAAACCGAUGACCUGCUUUACGGAAUCAUCAUGAACUUCAGCUGGCUUUACACCAUGAUCAAAAUUGGCCAGUUUGACAAAGUGCUCGCAGACAUAGAACUGGCUUACAACUACUCACAAGAAAAGGAGCUAAAGUUCCUAGCCAGCACGCUCCGUGGCAUCAGAAACAAGGUCAUUACGUUCCCAGGCUCCCUUUCAGCAGAGCUCCAGCAGAGGCUGCUGCCUGUUGUGAGUUCCCUGCCCAAACUCAGACAUCUUCUUUUAGAAUGUGACAAAGACGGACCUAAAUACUGCUCCAUUGUUCCUCUUCACUCAUCCAUGGACGUGACGUACAGCCCCGAGCGUCUCCCCUUAGCAGCCAGUCACCUGCAUGUUACGGAGAUUCUGCCCACCUGUAACCCCAGCACUGUUCUCACGGCUUUAGAAAAUGGUUCCAUCAGCACAUGGGAUGUCGAAACUCGCCAGCUACUCAGGCAAAUCACCACAGCCCAGUCUGUCAUCCUGGGCAUGAAGCUCACCAGUGAUGAGAAGUACCUCGUCGUUGCUACAACAAACAACACUUUGCUGGUUUAUGACAACGUCAAUUCCUGUCUCCUGUCUGAGGUGGAGAUCAAAGGGACCAAGCAUGGAAGUGGCUCCACCUACAUCAACGGAUUUACGCUCUCUGUCAAUCAUGCCCUUGCAUGGCUGGAGGCCAGCAAAGAUGUCACUGUCAUUGAUCUGCUCUAUGGAUGGCCCCUUUACCAGUUCCACUGCUGGUAUGAAGUGACCUGUGUCCAAUGCUCUCUGGAUGGGGUGUAUGCUUUCUGCGGCCAGUACCUCAACAAUACAACCAUUUUCCACUUAGGGAGUGGAGAAAAGCUGUGUACGGUGACAUCAGAAUUUUCAGGUGGCUUUGUAAAGUUUCUUCUCAUCUUGGACACAGCCCAAGAGAUGGUCAUGGUAGACAGUGAGGGGAGCCUCUCUGUUUGGAAUACCGAGGACAUAUCCAACCCCCAGCUGACCGAAGAUUUUGACUGCCGAAAGGAUGAUAGCGAGGUGGUGAGCAUUGAGCUUUCUGAGGACCAAAGUGCAAUUCUGAUCUGUAAGGCUCUAAGCAUUGAGCUCUUAGACACCGGCAUAUGGAAGGUCGCUGAGAAGUUCAGAGCCAGGCACAAUGAACGAUUUAUAUCCGCCGUGCUAUCCAAAAAUGGAGACUGCAUCAUUGCCACCAUGGAGAACACCCCAGCGGUGUUCUUCUGGAGGCGGGACACAGGCCAGUGCAUGGCAAGCUUGCAGGAAGUCUCAGGAACCAUAGUGAAGCUGGUCAAAUCUAGUCACCACAAUAUGCUGCUGUCUUUAUCAACCAGUGGCGUUCUUUCCAUCUGGGAUAUAGACAUCAUCACAGCUAUGUCCAACAUAGAUAAAACCGGAAAACCCAUCCAGAGUCUGGUGUUGCCUGCCAGAGGGGAAAUCAUUUACUCUCUCGAUGGCUCUGAUUGCGUUCAUAAGUGGAACUUCAGCAGUGGGUUCAUUGAAGCAGUAUUUAAGCAUGAAGGGAUAGUUGAACACUGUGUGUUAACUUCUGCGGGAGACCUCAUGGUGACAUCAGAUGACAAAAGCAGCCAAUAUGUCUGGCAUACCAGCAGUGGGGAAAACCUCUUCCGAAUUAAUGGGCAGAGGAUAUCUCAGCUGCUGAUCACACAUAAUGACCAGUUUGUGGUCUCUCUGUGUGAGGAAAAUGCCUCCAGGGUUUGGAGACUGGCCACAGGCCACAGAGUCUGCAACAUCUUGACCACUUUGCAAAAUGCCUUCAUUACCUCUGCAAACACCUUCGUGGUUGGAAUGACCAAAAGCAAAGUGCUGGCAGUCAGUCUUUGGACGGGAAGUAUUACCAAGAAAUUUUGCUGUGAAGAUGGGAUCACCAUUGUGAAUUUUAAGUUGAUCCCCGACUGUCCUGACAUCAUCGUGUUUAUCACAUCGGCUGAGACUGUAAACAUCUGGAGUCUGACUGACGAAGUGAUCUGUCGACGCGUGCAGCUUCCAAGCAACUUCUUGAAAAACCUGGAGGACUUUGAAAUCUCUCCCAAUGGGAAGCUAGGCAUUCUAUCCCGGGGAGAUGAAAACAUCAAUGUGCUAGAUUUACACAGUGGAAAAUUGCGGGUGGUUCAUGCCUCUGGGGUCAUCUGGAGGCAGAGACUCUCUCGAGAUGGUCGCUACCUGGUAUAUAUUUGUUUUCGGAAUGGGGAGGAGGAGGAGGAGAAUGAUGCCACCUCUAGCUUAAUUGUCAUGAGACUGGCUGAUGGCAAAAACAUCGGUGCUUGUUCCCUUUACAAAACACCAACUUUCCUUGCACUCUCACAGAGACACCUGAACAUCAUUGUCGGCUUUGAUGAUGGGAGUAUAGGAAUAUACACAGUGGUGGAUCGUGUUGAUGCUGCGCUGAAAAUCAAAAUUGCCACUUCAAACAGCAGGCAGAUCUUCAACAAUGCAACACAGACAUCCAGGCCAAAGUCAAACAGUUACUCCUUUAAAGUGUCCGUGGACUGCCUAUGGAGAGAGUCCACUGAGGUCUUUGCAAGAGACAGCCCUAUCACCGUGAGUGACUCCUCAGAGUCCAAUGAGGCAACACCGUCCAAGAAACACAACUCUUGUUAUGAUCGGGUGUGUGCUGCCCUUGAAUCCCGGAGCCACAGCUAUACACCAGAUAACUGACAUGAUGUUUAUCCUGCACAACUGAAAUACAUAAUCCACAUACAACAGAAAAAAAAAGCAAAGUGAAUCUUCUGCACCACAAUGAUAAGCUGCUCGUUUCUUAAAAGCAGGAAAGAUGCUGGAAUUCUCAAUUGACUAAUAUCCUUGUGAAAAGAACAGAACUCUGAGACUUGACUUGGGUGCCAUCUCUUUGUCCAAAUGUGUUAGACAAAUAGAGAGCUUCCAUAAGUGAUAGUGAAAUGGCCAUUUCACCUAGAAAAUAGAGGAUAAAGUCUUUUAAAUUUGCUGUAUAAUAAGAAUCAGCACAAUUCACUACACUGAUUCAGAUGAGAGAAACUAGACUUGCAGGUAAAUCAGUUGGACUAGAAAUAGUUCUACAGAAGCCAGUUGAAAUCAUGAUGGCAAAGAACUAUCUGUCUCUGAAUGGUGGUGUGGUAGCAAAUUGCAGCCUUAAUCUCUCUUUACGUUUCCCAAUCCUGACAACUGUGUAAACUUAGUCUGCAUACAAGAGGUCUAACGGUGCAAAAUCAUGUCUGAAAGAUGUCCAGCUGUGUUCCCGUUUCCCAAGACACCACAUAAAAUCUGAGCUGGUGGACAGACUGGGAGAAGAACUAACUACCACUAUUAUAGGGCUACUGAACACGGAGAGUCAGUCUUCAUCAAAACACACUCACAGCAACUGCAUGCAAAGGUUUCUGUGUCAUGGACUAUAUCAUUUUUAAACUAUUUCUUUCUUGGAUUGCAAAAGAACCCACUUAAUAAGAAACUGCAAUCUUUUUACACCUUUUCUUGAGAUGCAUAUUUGUGAUGAGUGUAAAGAAUUAUAGAAAGGGCAUUACAAACUUGGUCAAAACACCUGUUCAUUUCUUUCAUUGUACUAACAAGAGUCUGUACUCUUCAGUCAGCUGUUGGGAAGCCUAAGUUAUUUCCCAGACCCCUGCAGUUAUCUCUUAAUAGGAAGCAAGCUUUUUCAACACACCAUCUCUGACACACUGAUGACAUUGCCUUACUCUCUCAUUCCUUCUCUCUCCCGUGUAAAAGUGCAGAUACACGACCAAAUACUCUGGGACAAACUGAAUAUGCCUGUCUCUGUGCUAAAAUAUCCCAUAUAUCUUAAGGGUGUCCAAAGGUUCUUACCAUCUCUGUUUGUAAUCACUUUCUUACUUCUAUACACUGUAUGUAUGCUUCUUUACCUGUUCCACUUCCAGACUGAGGACUUUCCUAGUCUUACCAUUUCAAAGCAGAAACUAUGAAAUGGUAUAUAUAUAUAUAUAUUUUUUUUAAAAAAACGACUUUACCAAUUUGAAGGAAAACACAUCUCAGAAGGUGAAAGUGAUUUUCUUCCUUCCAUGUCCUCCCCAUGGCAUGUCCGGGAAGAACUUUCAAGGGGGUCAGGAGCAAUGGUUGGUUUGAUUUUCUUGGAAAGUGGAAGUUCCUUAAAUCAGGCCAGUGGACAAAGAACCGGCUUAUUUUUGUCCCAGCUCCGCUGCGAACUCAUCAUGCUCCUGUACCUGACUUUUAACCUCACCAGUGUAUUGCUUUUGUGGACUGCACGGGAAAGGGGGAGAUGGUUUCUGCUCCAGCCUGGAGGCCUGGUGGGGAUGCCGGGAGUACCCUGAGAAACACGUCACUGCUGUGACAUACUGAUUGCCAACACAAAGGGAAAAACAAAGUUAUCUAAGCCCAUAGAGAGUCCAAGUCGACUGUAUUUCACCGGUGAAAAGGUUUAACAUGUAAGCAUUCGAAGGCGUCACUCAGAUACCAACACCUUACUCCGUGGUGAAACACUUUUUUAGGUGUGUUCCUCGUAGUGUAGCUACCAGCCAGUAGGAGGAAGCCCAGGGAGGGCUAAGAUCCAUAUACCCAUCAUCUGGAGCCCAUACUUUUAGCUCUUCGGCCAACAUGUUCUUAUCCCUGUCCUUAUCAGUUGAACCUCCACGCCAUACAUUUCUAAGAAUUAAAUGCCUAGAUGGAUUAAAUGUAGUGUGUGAGUGUCCUGUGUAAAAACUAAUAGAGUAUAUCAAGUGACCUGAGUGAUUUUUUUUCCUAACAUGUUUGCAACUGAUAGCUCAUACUGAAUGUUUUUAUGUAAACUUUGUAUUGUUGGGAUGAACUACCCAAUCAGAGAUUUAUAUUUUCAUAAAUGUUACAUUUAGUUCAAUUUUGUUACAGAGUUGUUACACUAGACAAUUAUUUCAGUGUUCGAACAAUAUACGGUCUUGUGUAUGUAUCGUUUGUAUGAAUAAAAGAUGAGCUACUUA